AUCUAUUGUGAGUAUUUAUGAACUCUAAUUAACCUCUUACUAUUUGUCUAUCCUAUUCUGUUCCUUUCCAUGUGCAUAUAUGUUGUCGUCUGCUCACUCCGUCAUGUUGUAUUGGGCGACAUGAUCAACGUGGUGAGAGGGGGGCCUCUCUGUGGCUUGUGAUUGGGGGCAAUGAUCUUCACUGCGACUAGGGGAAUUUUGCCAGAGGGCGCACGGGAUGGAAGGGUUCUUUUUUUCGAGAAGGUCUGCCAGGGACAAGGAUCUUCACUGCUACUGUAAAGGUACCGACACGCGCACUCGUGCGGACGAUACCUCUACUACAACAAAGACCAACCAAGGUAUCGUCGUCCACUCGAUAAGGCGAGUCGGUGAGGGGAAGGGUCAAAGCACGACAUAUGUACAUACCUAGGUAUCUAUCACUUUAUACAGCUUAAAGAUAUCGAGAUACUACAGUACUAGGCUAACGGAACUGUCUGUCCCUAGGUUGUUAUGAGUUGGUGACUAAUACCAUGUACCUGGUUCAUAUGCCAUACCAUAAUGGACAGGCGGUAUAUACUAGCAAGUUGAUGCAACAGAUCCCACUUGGAUGGAUCCAGACGGCGACAGCGACAGCGACAGCGACCCCUCUUCUUCUUCAAAGGGUCAAACGGGUCGAGCGAGGUACAACUAAGUUAGAGCUAACAAGCUGUAAGUGAGUGAGGGACCUUGUAUCAUGUAUGGAUGGAUGGAGACGUCCCCAUCACGACAGCUCAGCUUGUGUCACGUACGCUCUCUUCUUCCCAUGGGCCCUCCCUCUCCCACGGUAAUGCAAUGCUCUCUCGGUGCAUUUACCAAUCUAUCUGAGGUAGGUAUAGUACCUCUUAAACAACCCAGUAAGGUAGCACUCGCCUUAUCUUACCUCACUCCUCGUCUGCCUCUCCUCUUCCUCCUCUUCCUCCUCUUCCUCUUACAUUAUUUCCCUCGCUAUUAUAACAACAUCAACUUCCCUUCUUCUCUGCAAAUACUUAAACUCGCCCUUCCCCAUAGAUCUCGGCAUUCUCCUUGACAACAAUCCUCUUUAAUCAGCAUCUCUCUUCUCUUGUCUUCUCUUCCUUCUCUUGUUGGACCCCAUCUCUGUAUCUAAAGACUCAUUUACAUUUACAUGCCUAUUUGUCUCUUCUACCGUCUCACCCGUGCUGUCUCGACCCUCUUCACUUUGACUCUCUCAUAAGAUACUCGAUCAAUCAAUCUCACUUCCACUCAUCACCCAAUCUCACAAUGUGCUACGCCAACCUCGGAACUCUCAUCUGUCAAGCCUGCGGCCGCCGCGUCGGCGAACAACCCGUAGGAACAUCACCUUGCCUCACCGUCUGCGGCAAAUACGUCUCACGCGUAACUGGCACCGUAGUCAGCGGCGAGUGCGGUGUAUGCAGCGAUGCAAAAGAGCAGAGGAGCCAAAUGACCGUGAGGCUAAACCGGGCUUUCAGCAAGUGACGCACCAGAGCUCCAAUGCGGCAUUAUUCAACCCUCCAAGUCAUCUAGGCAUUCAGGCUCUAUCAAGGGCAAAAUGGCAUUGCCUGCAACUCGGCUCUUACGGGAUCGUUAUACCCGUACGAAAGCCGGAACUCAUACAAUGAGGCCAUACCGCCCACUAGUUUAUUUCUGUUCGAUAACAUUUCCACGCUUUACAACUCAUGGUCUUACGAUUUACGGCGGCGUUCACGGCAUGAUGCUCAGUUUCAGUUUGGUACACGAAUUAGAUGGAGCAUAAGAGUUACUUUCGGCGUUUGACGACAGCAGCAGCCUUUCAUUUCUGAGCUGUCCUUGUAUUCUCACUACUACUAUACCCAUGAUUACCAACACUACUGCUAUUCAAUAAAUUCACGAUAACGACAUGCUGCUGCAUGUGCUACGCGACAGGGCGUCGUGUGGAGUUAUCGUUGUCAUGAGACCUUAUGUAAACUGACGGUGUACACGAACGAACUAAGGCGACAAGCACGGUAGUGCUGGCUACACAUGUAACUGCAUUACCGAGGUUUCGAAUCGUACUAACUAUAUUUGAUCGAGGGAUUGUAUGUACUCACCCCUCGAGAAGCAAGAAAACAUGGGACCUUGAUAUGAGAG